AUGCCACUCAACAAAAAUAGCGCAUCGAUCCUAAACUGUGAUACGAUCCGUGACCGUUCGACAUGUCCACCUUACUCAUGUAAACUGGAAAUUUGGCAGAACAAGCAGAUCCUUUUCCUUCAAUUCCCGGCUGACCUUUGUGGUCAAUUGGAUGAUUUCGCGAAUGACAGACAAGCUGCAUUUCUCGUCCAUUCAUCUUUAAAUGAGAACAGCACAUCUUGUCUGGUUAUACAAUACAAAGAAACUGAGGAUGCGUUUGUCAAAGUGCCUCAUAAAAGAUAUUUCUUUGCGCUGGUCUCUGGUCCUUCAUACGUAGAUGUAUGCCAGAAGUUACGACUACGCCAGGAAAAGUACCAUAUACCCUAUGGUGCAAAUAUUUGCGAGGAAAUUCCAAAUGGACUCAGAACCUAUGCUAACAAAAAUCAACGGACCUUCCGCAUACGACCAAAGGAGCUUAUUUAUUUUUCUGAUAUACCUUGGUAUAUGAAUGAACACAACAAAUUUGUAUUCUUCUUGAAUAGUUAUGGUCCGAAUUGUGUAUUUAACGGAUACGUUCAAUUGAAUGAAAGUGAACAGGUUUUGAAGCGAACUGACCAAAUACCAACGUACUCCUGCCCUUAA